UUGAAAACGUGACUUAGCCGUGUCUCAAGGCGCGCGCAUCAGGUAGCCUUGACUAUAUAAACCAUCCGGCUUUGGGAAUAAUAAAACGCACAACAAGAACAUAGUGAAAACCGGUGACGCAAGCCUGCUGCAGAAUGGCCAACACACUGAGACCCUGGUUGAUCCUUGUAGUCCUCGUUCUGGGCGUGCUGGUUUGUCUGGGCACUUUCACGGAUGCCUACUUUACCAAGCCGGUGAGCCCCGACGACAACGCGCCUCCGGAGGAAUGGGCCAGAUACAACACAGCGCUGCGACACUACAUCAACCUCAUCAAUAGACAGAGGUACGGAAAGAGGUCUGCGCCUGAGUCAGCUCUGGGGUGGUUGCUGCUCAGAAAUGAGUCGGAAGGCGAUUUAACACAACGUUCGGAUGGCAGUGAUCUCGGAUAAAUCUGGGUCCCGUCCCACUGGCAUGCUGUUCCACUCAAAUGGUGGGCCUUACAACAACUCAAAUAGGCUGCUCAUCUGGCAACCUUCACUGGACUGUGUGGCCCACUAUUUAUUUUCAACAUGCAUGCAUCUCUCUCUCUCUUUCUCACUCUCUCAACAUAAUUGUCUAUUUUUUG